GUAGACAGCUCGUUGUGCAGAGCUCUCUGGUCUGGUCCAGUCUGUUGAGUAACCUGUAGGAGGGUGCACGGCAGUUUAAAGCAUGAAAAGUAGAAACACGCAGCUCAAAGGACGAGUGAGAGGAAGGUGAGCUCCCAGCAGCUGAACUCUGAAAGGUUAUCCAUAGGAAACCAUGUGCAGCUCCCUAAGUCCCAAACAUCCGAGCAGCCCCGGCCUGACAGACAUGCAACAGUACCACCAGUGGUUGGCCAGUCGACAUGAAGCCAGCUUGUUGCCUAUGAAGGAAGACCUCGCCCUCUGGCUCACCAAUAUGCUUGGCCUGGAAAUCACCGCUGAGAGCUUCAUGGAACGCUUGGACAACGGCUUCCUCCUGUGCCAGCUGGCUGAGACGCUGCAGGAAAAGUUCAGGCAAAAUAGUGGAGACCUGUCUGCUCUCAACAAUAGAAAGGUUAUUCCUUACCGGAGGAUUCCAUGCCGGCGGACUGCGCCGUCUGGCUCUUUCUUUGCCCGGGACAACACAGCCAACUUUCUGUCUUGGUGUCGUGAGGUUGGAGUGGGGGAAACGUGUUUGUUUGAAUCUGAGGGUUUAGUUCUUCAUAAGCAGCCACGAGAAGUCUGCCUCUGCCUGUUAGAGUUAGGCCGGAUCGCAUCCAGGUACAACGUGGAGCCCCCCGGCCUUAUCAAACUGGAGAAAGAGAUCGAACAGGAAGAGAAAGCACCUCUACCUCCUCCAUCUCCAGCAUCCCCAGUUCAACCCCUCCCUCCAUCACCCUCAUUGUCACCCACCCCGUCGCCGACUCUUCCCAAAGUCACCUCGAGCAAGAAGAGCACUGGGAAGCUGCUGGACGAUGCUGUAAGACAUAUUGCUGACGACCCUCCCUGCAGAUGUCCCAAUAAAUUCCACGUGGAGAGGCAUUCGCAAGGCCGAUACCGCGUUGGGGAAAAAACGCUCUUUAUACGAAUGCUGCACAACAAACAUGUGAUGGUGCGUGUGGGAGGAGGAUGGGAGACAUUCGAGAGCUACUUGCUCAAGCACGACCCGUGCCGCAUGCUCCAAAUCUCCCGCGUGGAAGGGAAGACGUCCCCCGUCGGUGGAAAAGGCCUCAACAUCAAGGACCUGACGCCUGAUAGCUACCUGGUGGUGGCGGCCAACCACCGCAGCAAAAAGUCAACACAGGAGACUGCACCAUGAUGAAGACUGGAGGUGCGAGACGUUCAUGUAGACAUUUAAAGUCAACUGGCUGUACAUGGUGUACAUUUCAUUUCAUAAUAUUAUAACCAAGAUAGUUUUUUUUCCCCCACAUUAUUUUUCCUUUUAGUUAUGUGCCUAAAUCUAUAACUUCAUUGGACUUUUUGAACCGAUAAAUACAGUUUAUAUUCCAUGCCAGUGGACUUUCAAUAUUUUUUUUCCCAUUAACACAAAGUUGACAUGUGUACCACAUUAAAACUGUGACGCUUAAGUGAAUGUUGAUUUACAAAGUGAAAAAGAAAAAAAAAACAGCGAAGCCCAAAGUGGUUUGUUAUCCAUUGUUCAGAGCACUCCCAUGUUUACAUAUACAUAGUACUACUACAAGAUAUGGAAACCUCAUUUGUAUAUAUUUAGUUGUUUAUCCAUUAUUAUUUUAUAUACUCUCGUUUUAUGGACUCAUUUGAGUAACAGAAGUGAUUUUUUUAGCAUAGAAUUAGCAAAUGCAGUACAUGAUAUAUAGCCACAUGCUAAUGUAUUUAUGCUAAUAGCACGCUGGCACUAAGCCCAUUACUGAUUCAAAAGAAUAAAAUUAACAAUUAAAAGAGGACCGCUAUUGUGAGCUACUUUAUAUUUUUGUUUCCCCGCACCUGCUUUAUUUCUUCUACUUUGCUGCCCUCUAAAGGUUAAGAAAUAAAACAUUAUUUUCUCCUUUUGAAGAUGAAAAGCUGAGCACAUGAAGUUAACCUUUUAUUAAUAAAUGCUGAUUAGAUUUUACAACUUGGAA